AUAAUAAUAUAUACAUUGGUUACCUGUUUGAUGAUCAGUAUCGCCCGGGCCAACAAUAAGCAACCGGCAGCUAACAAAAUUGCUAACCCCCUGGUGCCGGCCCGAUCGGGUGACUUUCCCUGGAUGGUAUCGAUUCAAUCGGACGGCCGACAUCAAUGUGGCGGAACCAUAUUGAAUGCCCGAACCAUUUUGACGGUAGCCAGGUGUACAAUUAGCAUGAUCAAUACUACUGCCCGAUUGACUGUACGAUACGGAUCGCUGAACCAGUCAUCAGGCGGUACAGUAGUACCGAUUCGGCAAAUACUAUUGGCCCCCAAGUUUAACCAGAGUCAAGAUUUUCACAGUGAUUGGAGUCUAAUUAAAUUGGCCAAAAAUAUUGUAUUUGACAACCCUACUACUACUACGGUUGCUGCGGCCAAAUUGGCGCCACGUUCGGCACUGCCCAAUCUGGGACAGUCGGUUUGGACGGCCGGCUGGAGCUUCAUUACCAAUGGCCUGCCAUUGUUGGUGCCGGUAAUGGAAAAAUAUUCACUAAAUAUUGUUGACAGACACGCUUGCAAUGGUACCUAUGAGGGACAGGUAGAUGGUGGAUUGUUUUGUGCGGCAGUACCAAAAAAUACUGCCGAUCCCUGUCAGCUUGACAUUGGCGGCCCAGUAUCUACUGGCACCGGUACUAAUGCAGUGGUAAUCGGUUUGUUUACCUUUAGUUUGUCCUGUUUUCAGCAAGGUGCACCUGCUAUUUUUACUAGUAUUGGUCAAUAUCGAGAUGCUAUUGAUAAAUUGGCAAAAUGA